UUUUUUUUUCUAUCUCUUUCGAGAUCGUUAACGCGUGGUAAAAGUUGUCGCGUUGCAGCGGGAACCCGUGUAGAUGAGGUUCGACCGACAACGAGACAAUAAAAUCUUAUACCGAAAUACGUGGGAUCCGAUCUUUACGAAAGAGAGGUUGCCUUAUCGUGUGAAUUCCGCGACUUUCCUAUACCGCGGCUGCAUUCAUACCGAAAUCGGGAGUUUCUCUAAUUAAAAAUUCGGUGAAAGCUAUAUAUAAUACUACACAACGUACGAACGCGUUUCGCUGAAAAGAAUUUUUCUUCAUUUACCGCAUUGGCUCUGCAAAGACGACGAUUACCUCAUGAAGAAGUAAAACUUUUAUGGGGUACCUGGUGUGAGCUCGGCGCAUCUAACCAUGCCUCGUAAAAAUAACGAAGCUUUUAGAAUUGCCGUUCUCGUAGGUGGAGGUACACCGAACGUAAAAAUAUCCGAUGGAUCUGCACGUUGUUGCUCGAAGAAACGGGCAACGUGAGCAGAAAUUUUUCUUUCCAACUCCAUCGCUUCGAAAACUCCGUCGAUUCGAGUCGCGGUAAUUAGACGACACCGAUCCUCUUUUCCGAAUAAUUGACGAACGAAAAUAAAAAGGAGUCGAGGGUCAGGGUCGGCUCGUCCGCAGAUUCGUGAUUAACGACCGAAAAUCUGGCUCGGUGUUUGACAUGCUGCAGUUGCACGGGUCGUUAUACAAUAAUACCAUGCGACGAAGGCAGGCAUUCCACAUGAAUAUAAAUGUCCACGUGUACGUGUGUGUAUGGUGCAUUUACACCGUGUGUCACGCAGACACACACACCCAGCUGAAUCACGCACAUCGCGAUAUGAAACAGUAGCAGUGGCGGUACGAGCAUCAAUGAAUCGCGAGCAUCCGCGAGCGUUGCACACGUGUAACUUACACACCGUCGGACACGUGUGAGCGUGUGUAACUAUUUUAUACAAACCGAGUGUAUAAACGUUACGGCCGCACCUAAAAAUACUUCGAGCGAUUUAUUCACGUGGCACGUUCGUACGAAGCUUCUAAACACGACUCACGAACGUACGUAUUUACAUUUACAUAUAUAUCCACGAUUCGAUAAUUAUUAUUUAUGUAGCGCAUAAAUGAAAUACACGUGUAAUACGUGUGUACGACUCGCGUGCACCUAGCUAAGUACGAAUCGUUCGCGGUUAUCGGCUUGUCAUUGCCGAUUUCGAUCCGAAAAUUUGUUCACCUCUUCGGGACGCCUCGCGAUUGCAGCGAUUCUUCACCGAGCAGAUAUUUCCACUCGCCGACGAAGCACUAGAAUGAAAACUUAGCGGCUGUUGCACAGUUUUUCAAAGCAAAGGUCAGGGAUGAUGUCAAAAUCGAAGAAAAGAUAACGCAUUCCAGACGCUGCAGCCUCGCCUUGAAUAAUUAUUUUCCAGGUCAAGCUGAGCAGCCGGCCGCGAGAGAUCUCCCUUCGCUCUGGUUCUACGUCAUCUUUUCCAUCGCACCGGUUUCCUUUUUUUUUUUUCAUUUUUACCAAUGUCAUUUCACACUUGUACACCGGAUACUUAAUUUUGCAAUCGCCUAGCUUCACGUGUUGCAAAUUUUUCAAUUAUUUUUCCACGUUUCGUUUCAUUGUCUACGCAAUUAUCGUUUCGAUCGAUUAGAUAUCAAUUAAUUCCAUCCAAUUGAUCAUGAUUUCUAUGUAAUUUGUUCUUAUAGGCGUUACAACGGUCCCAACGCACUGCAGAUAUCUGAAGCAAACGGUAACGGUAAUCGCGGUAGCGGAGCUCGCUCGAGAAGAAAAAAAAAAUUAAAAAAGAUCGAAAUCAACCAAAACGUAAUGACUAAAAAUAAUGAUAUACUAGUUUUUUUUGCGAUCACAUAAAUUGGCGAUACUGAAACUCUUUGUACGCAGACUAUAUCUCGAUAAAUUUUAUUCUUUACCACGUUGAAGUGAAUCGCGGACCUGGGAUUAUUCGAGCAUGAAAAAAAAUAUCAAACGCCGUGAGAUGGUGGUAGGAAAUUCCAUUGUCUCCGUUUAAACGGUGAGCUAUGAAAUUUCAAUUAUUAUUUUACUAAUGAGUGAGAAAUCGUUGCGAUGCAGAGCGCCGAUGAAACUGAAUCGAGUGAUUUUUUGUUUUUCUCGAUUCGCCGAGGCUACACCCCAAUCACGAAAUCGUGGCGUAGGGAUCGUCGAGUGUCAGCCGCAGACGACGUGGACGGUGAACUUUUUUAAUGAAAAAAUACAGUGCGGGACUCCGGAGGUUUUAUAAAGACCAUAGAAAGACAGAGGCUUCUAAACCUUCUGUAUACUUUCCUAUACAUCGUUUGACGACCAUCAUACGUGUUCGGCAUGGCAAAGUUCGAGAGUCACGACGCUCGCUCGCCGUACGGAAUUACAACGACGCCCCCGUCGAGCAAUAUCUUCUUCUAUACGGUGACCGAACUUUUACGUACGUACGUACGUUACACGGGGUGUCUUCUCCAACGGAGUUUGAGAAGUUGUGGUAACACUUUUUAGAGCUGCGAAUUAUUUCAGAAUAAGUCUGAUAAUGAGCGCGGUUAAUCGUACCGCACAUUUCCUGCACGGUUUGCUAGCCGAAUCAUUAACUCAAAAAUGAUAGUGUAGACAUUUUCGUUCGGUUUGGCAGACGCCAUUUAUUCCCGCGUGUGCAGAUUACACAGGAAGCGGUUUUAGUAUUCGCACAUACAUUUUUUUCUAUAUUUAAUUUCUUCUUUCUCUUUUUAUUCUUUGUUUCUCGCAUGUUAUUUCUGAACGUAGUUUGGGAUGUUCGAAAACGGUUGCGGGGCCAUCUGGUAAGAAACGAGGCGCCGCGACGCCUACGUAUUCGUGUUAUUAUACCGCGCGUCUGUGUUCGCACGUCGCUGCAACGUAACGUCAAAAUCCAAAAACUCGUGAUCGAUUUUUAAAAUUGAUCCAUGAAAAUUUGGGGAAUCGGAAUAGAUGAAUUUCGAAGAUAUCUCAAGUUAAUUCAAAUCGAUGACAGACUCAUUUCAAAUACUCUGCAUUCUUAUGUAUUUUGAUGGCAAAAAUCUGAAUCUGCAAGCUACGCCAACAGCACGCGUCUUUGAUUGCUCUGGCACAAACGACUGAUUGUUUAUCCCCGAUACGUGUACAUGUUUCUACGUCAUUUACACAACGUCCAAUAAAAACCACACAUACACCUGCAAUCGAGCCUUGUGCAGUGCGUUACACAGAAUCGUACGAACGGUUUUCUGCAUUACGUAUACGUGCGCGAAGAAGCCACACCGCGUGACUACUGAAUGGUUCACUGUUCGUGUACAUUUUACCGAUGCAAUUUUUUUCUCAGUACAUCGAGUACACCAAUAGAAACAGCUACGGUAAUGUAAAGUUCGAUGGUAAAAACUGGCUCAUUUUUUUCCUGGUUCAGAGAUCUUGUUAGGUUUGGUUUCUGAAAGCUUGCAAUUUUCAUAGUGGCCUCCCAAAUGUUUUACCGAUUCGUUAGAGAAACCGAUGAUACACAUCAGCUGGGUAAUAAUUUUACAUAAAAAGAGUUAUUUGCCGUAAGAGAAUCUGUAGCGACGCCAUAAACGAAACAAAAGAUUUAACUGUCUCGUUGUGAGGAGCCCAUUGCGAGCGUUUAGUCGAACACGACUCUAAAAUUUCGGUAUAAAGUUGGUAAAAGCUUUUUCACUAAGAAAAUUUUCAAGAGAAUCGAGCUUAACAAAGCUCGUAUUCAAUCCAGCUAUACACGUCCGAGGUAGACGCUUCGAGUUCAUAAGCUCCUUCAGGUUUAAGUUUUAAAGCACACAAACUGUAUAUCUUAUACUUGACACCCACUCGCUCAUUGUCAGCUACAAGAUUAAACUACGAUGAUGGAUAUAGGACGCGAUCCUUCGAAAGCAAAAACUUAACCGUCUACACGGCUUAUCGCCAAACAUUAUUGUAUCAUUACACUUCAGUUUCGUUGUCAAAAUUAGAGAGAGAAAAAAUUAUUGAAACGAGACCAAAAAAAAGUUCAAGAUAAGGCGAACCAACGAAAACGAGACGAGUCAAGUGCUGAGGAAAAAAAAAUCUGUAGGUACAUUGAAUUCGUAGACGACGAUCCGACUUUACUUGUGAUAUAAAAAUAGCCUUAUCUUGUCUUCGCCGGAGUCAUCGUGAUUUACGGACCCUUGAACUUGGCCUCGAUCGUGGAAUUGAUGGAAAAAAAAAGAUCCGGACGUAACGCCGGGAACGCUCUUUCAAAAUUCGUGCGCAGGUCAGCGGAGAUGAGAAACGGAAAAAGUUUUUUCCGCAGAAGAGCGAGUUUUUAAUAUCCACAGGGCCCGCAGAGCCUGUCAGGUUAAGCGAGGGUUGGGCUCGCUGCAGGGAAUUGCGGCCACCAAGGGCAGCCCUUUUGAACCCAUCGCAUAUGCGUCACGCGUUGAAAGAUUAAUAGCUCACGAACACGCUGUUCAAUAUCCAAUGAAUUCCUUAUUCGAAAGUAACCGAUGUAUUAUACGGGGAUGGGUUUUAGUACCCAGACAAAAUCGGCCCCCCCCACGAUAUUCGCACCGAACGACGUCGCUAAACAAUAUUACCAAAUCUAAACACCGAACGGUUUGCGAAGACUGCAGAGCGGAUCAAGAUUUGACAAACCCAGUCGGUGCGGUUGGAACGAUUGACCCAAAAACUGAGACCGACAAUGAGGCGCACCGGAGCCAAGUAAUCCGCGAGAUUUCACCGUUUUUACCCCCUUGCUAAUAGGAUUAUUUCUGCCAGCUCAAUUACCAUGGCAAUCGCAAUUAGUGGAUCGAUUUUAUCGAGGGAUUGGCUGAGCCCGGAUCGAUUGGUAUCUUCAUAAGAAUGGCGAGCCUCGACGACCAAAAGUUAUAUCGCUAUCCAAGAAUGAGGAUCAAACCAAAAAUGUUUAUAAAAGGUAAUAAAGGUAACUUCUGUAUCUGAAGUAUAUUAGCUUCAAGUGCAGCCCCGGGUGCAGGUUGGGUACAGCCUGUAUAUCUACCGGGGUAUCAAAUGUCCUUGCGAUCGGCUCAGCUAAAAUUCUUUCGCGAAACAUUGCACGGGGAGGCUCGUGCGCCGUUUGUGGUUCGAAGACGAUAAUCCCGUCGGACUGGUCAGGCAUUGAAUUUCUCCGCUUCUCUUUGGUACCACAAAGAAAAACGAAGCUGCCUAUCCCAUUCGCCGAGAAGUCCCUAUAAUCGUACGAUUCAAAACUCCGUAGGAGCUAACUCGAACGAACCUUCGAUUUUCUUACUCGAUUGUUUUUACAGAAAUUUUCUUCCCGGACUACGAGAAUCACGGGGGUUUUUCUCAUCUCGCGUUCCACUCGGUUUUUUUCUUUUUUUUGAGGAGGUCAUAAAUUUUUUCUCGCUAUCAGGCAGCACGAAGUAGAGCGAUAAUCGGAACUGCUAGCUUCUUUCUAAUCGUUUUCCAGUAAUUUAUUUCACCUCACUAUAAUAUACCUUUACAGCCUAACGACCCACAUUCUUUCGGGGCAAUUUGACUGUAUUAUAUUUAUACGCGUCUCAAACUCAAGGAAAUAAAACAUUUUUAACACCGCUAUUAUUAAGCGGAGUAAACAUAAUGCGACAGCGAGGGUGAAUCGCGAACAGGGAGCGACCCUUUCGCUGCAUAAUUUCACGCACGGAGUAACGGCGUUUCUAACUUCACUUGAAUAAAUACUUGAAAAAGUUUGUCGAAUCGUUGAUGAAACCUCAGAUGAUGUUCCGCCUCGAAAAGGCAAGAAUUGAAUCGGACCAAAUUUAAAAACAUAAUUUUUCAAUUUCGAGAUUACGUUUCAACGGUUCGCCGUACACAUGGGAAAUUCAAGGCCCUAACGCGAAGCUAAUCGUACGUGAAAAAUUUUGCGAGCCAACAAGGGUCAGCGGGAGGGAUUGGCCAACCCAUUCCGCGAGUGUCGCACGCCGUUUCGACAGAAACGAUAAUUAAUUACAAAAAUUAGUCGCGUCGCAGCGAGUCACAGUGUACGAUACGAACGCGAGGCAGUUACGGUAUAAUAAUGUAGAGCGAAGAAUUGUGAGCUGUCCAAAGUCUGAGAUGGAACAAAUUUGUUACCUAAAUGAUGAUGGAAUGGAAUGUCAUUAAUACGACGGUGUACGCUCGGUAAAAGUAAACCUCGACUAUACGGCCUCCCGAACCACGUAGAGUCCCGGACCCAGCCCCUCCGCUUUUUUUCCUUUCCUAAUAGUCGAACGCACGGGGUUCGAAGACACUUCGUACGUUCGGAGGUACGCGAUAUCCUCGAAUUCUCGCCACCUUUUGAACCGGAGGAAUGCCUCCGUUGCCGCUCUUCGCCUCCUCAUCUUUUUCAUCCUUUUCCAUCGCGAGGGUAUUUCGCUCGCCGAAGAAACCCCGAGCGUCUUACGGCUGCCGUACACUUCGCGGUUGAUGAUGAUAAUAGCGCCCUGCACGCGGUUCGGCUUCCUCUUGCUCCCGAUCUUUACUUUUUAUUCUCCCUCUCUUCGUUUUCUGUUCUUUUUUUCGUCGCCCAGCCUCUACGCCCCCCGCACCUCGUGUGCUCCGGAGGCUCCGACUUCUUUUCGUUUAAUGAGCCUCGGGCCACGGACCGGUCCGUUGCCCAGGGGCCGAAUCCUUGUUGUGUUCCGAACACACAAGAGGGCCUCGAUUUUCGUUUCCAGAGUCUUCGAACGCGGCCGUUUUACGUACGUCGAACGGCGCCCAGAACCCGAAUGGAGAGGUAAAAAGAGAAAAAGGAAAUGAUCGUUCUUUUACGAAUAAAAAGAAAAAAAAUAAAUACUCGAGACGUAGAUAUAAGGCGAACGGAGUAUAAGUAGAUGAAAAACAAGAACGAUAAAAAUAAAAAAGGGUGCCAAAGUUGCUGCCCUACAACUAUAACGUCGGAGGUCCUGGGGGCGCGCAUCUGUGCAGCUCGUGCAGCUGGACUUUUAAAAUGCUAAAAACCGUUUGGCAGGACGUCAAACGAUACGGACGAAAGUACGGAGUCGGAUUCGCCGUAUAAUUUUAUUGGCCCACUCCGUUUCUAAUGGAUAAUAAUCGGUCGCUAAUUAUCUGAGGCAUAAAGUAUCUCACGUGAUGUAUACGAUAUUAAGUAGAGUAGACCGACUUUCGCACGCGUUCGUAAUCGUAUUAUGUGCACAAGAAAAUGGCUUAUGUCUGUGAGUCUAUAUAACAAUCUAUAUACAGAGAUAUAGGAACAUCAUUUAUUAUGAUUCUACUUUUUUUUUUUAGCUUACGUAAUAAAUCCAACGAACGCUAUAGAUCUGACCGAUACUUUUGCCCGUGGCUAUUUGCCAAUGGCGCAUUGCACCCUUCGAUGUAUUGCACGUAAUAUUCACACGUAUUCUGCCGAUGUAUUUUAUUCUCCGGCGGUAGGUGUAAAAAAAAAAAAACAAAAAGUACGACCCGGGUGUGUUUUACGUGCCAAUGCGAGAGCGAAGGCUCAAACCUACCGAUCGCUGAUGAAUAAAUCGCUUACAUGUCCCGUUACCGAUGGGUAUUAAUCCUUUUAGUUUUGUUCAUUUUUUUCAUCUCGCGAAGCGUCGAUCCAACUGAUCUCGAUUUUUAUUUCUCACGUUUAAAAUUCCAGGUAUAGAUAUACGUCCGUGUUUGAUCACCGUUUUUGUCAACGUGGGGCGUCAUCUGUCCAUCGGCGAUGGUGGGAAUUGAGAGAAAUUAAUUGAAAUCCAAAAAUUGUCAAUCGAAUUAUGAUUCAAAUCGGAAAGCGAGAUGCGAGUUGUGAAAUAUUCCAUUAUUCAUACGUAACUCCGUGAGCGUUUGCAGAUUUCAAAAUCAGUUGCAAUUUACCGCGGAGCAGCAGACACCUCGUAUAAGAAACGUCGUUUUCAGAUGCGGAUUUAUGUAGUCGGCAAUGCUCCAGGUUCUCCAUCUUGCAGCUAACAUACGAGGGCGAUACCUAUGUCUAUGCGUACGUACACGUAUAAUUUUUAUCCGUUUGAAUUUCCUCUCGAGUUCAAAAACUCGAUAAAGUUACGCGAGCGAUAAACGUCUCCGUGUUCCUUGUUCCUGCCAGAAAUAAUUUUCAUUUCCGCCACAGAUAAAUAUUACAAUUCCUUCCCACACGCGAUAGUGGGCGAAUUUUUUUUUUUCGCACCGAAUCGCACGACGCGUGUCGCGAUUAGUUCGAAAAUUUAAAACGGAGAGAGAGAAAGAAAAGAGAGAGACGCGGGGGCACCGAUUACAUCACUCUUUUCGCGAUGCACAAUUUUAGUCAGAAGAGAGGUGUUCGCACGUAUACAUGUUUCCCGGAGGUGCAGCACUUAAUGUAAUGAAUUUUGCUAGCACCGCCAUAUUGUAGGUACGUAUCUCAACCGUAUCCUCGCAUCACGCGUCUACUACACGGCAAUUUUGUUGAUUACGCGCAGGUCACCUGUUCGAUGUAAUUAAUUAAAACUCAUUCCAAGCCUGGCCGAUGGGUCGUAAGCCAGGCGUCAGAGUAAACGGAAUGGUGAUCGGUGGCGGAAGUAAACUACAUCUGAGCGGACGUUAGCGACCGACCAGGGAUAAUCCGUGCCGAUAUAUAAUUUCAUCGCGAUUCCAUCGAACGAUUUCCCAAUCAAUUUUUCUCUCCGACGAUGCAGUAUCCCGGCAAGGACCCGGAGGUUUAUCUGGAGGUGAAAUUCCUCGGGGACGAUGAGGUAUUGAACAGAAGCGCGGAUCGCGUUUAUUUGGGUAUACACGAGACGCGGGACGCCACUGCGACGGUGGUGCACCUGGUGAUAUCGUUCAUUGGAAUUUUGACGAACGUAAUCGUGGCGUCGGUCAUCGCGGGUACAAAAUCGCUCCACACCGCCCCCAGUUGUUACGUACUGAGCAUAAUCAUUUCGGACUUGGUGGUGUUGGCGGAAAUUUUAUUCGUCGUUCUCAAGCGAUGGUUUAAAUUCUAUCCGGAUAUCGACAGAGACUACGUGGCCUAUUUGACCCUCGAAGCCUCGAUACUUACGAUCGUUAUAUUUUCGCUGGAAAGAUACGUCGCGUUGGGACUCACCCGGCCAGGGGCUUACGGGACAUUCAAAUUCUCGAACGGCGUUAAAAGCGUCCUAGUGAUCUGGUCACUCGCGGCUACGUUCGCCGCCAUGGAGCUCAAUUUGAAUCUUCAUUUCGUCCCGAGUACCAGAAAUCUCAUACUCGUCAUGUCCACCGCGAUGUUCGUAGUUCUCCCCAUGGUUAUCAUCGCCACUCUGGUCGUACUGGUGUCGAUAGACACGUCCAACUUCAGAAACUGCGGAGCCGAGAGCGACGACUCCAAGGUUUUCGCGACCCUCGCCGCGGUGUUCUAUGUCAGCAUGGCUCCGUAUCGGAUGGUGUCCUUGGUACGGUUUAUGGCUCCAACGUUAUGCUGUUCGCAAACUGUACUCAACGGAGGCUACUUGAUCGUCGAAUUAUCUGCCGCGGUUAACCCGAUACUUUAUGGCAUCGUAGCCAAGCAUUUUCGCACCGCGUUCAAGGAUACACUGAGGAGUUUUUGCGCCGCCGAUAAUGGGCGACGCGAAGUCGACGGUAUUUGCUCGUCAACGCCUUGAGGAGACGGAAUAUCCGUGGCGGAACCUUCGACGUGGAUUUUUUCGUCACCUUCCACGUGCUCGGGAUGGGGCGAUUACCGAUGGGGGUGCGUUGCCGAGGAACGAGGACAACCGGAGUAAAAUUUUGAUUUAGAUUACACGUGGCAAAAAACCUGGGGGUCGACAAAGUACACCCUUUAUUUUCACGCGACCAAGACAAACAGACCGCGUUAUUGGUGUUCUGAGAUAUUGGAGUACGCAGUCGGAUGAUAUUUAGCCAAGUGGAAGGCGUGAAAUAAAAUUAAAUCGUUUCUUUGACCUCGAACAAUAGAAAUGUCCAACGAUA